AUGGGCGUCGGUGAUGGAAUCAAGCUGAUUACGUUAGUUGGCAAACUGCAAUUGUUGACCAAAUUCAGGGAUUUGGAAUUGGAUUUCGAUUUGGAUUUCGAUUUGGAGUUCGAUUUGGAUUUCGAUUUGGAUUUCGAUUUGGAUUUCGAUUUGGAUUUCGAUUUGGAUUUCGAUUUGGAUUUCGAUUUGGAUUUCGAUUUGGAUUUCGAUUUGGAUUUCGAUUUGGAUUUCGAUUUGGAUUUCGAUUUGGAUUUCGAUUUGGAUUUCGAUUUGGAUUUCGAUUUGGAUUUCGAUUUGGAUUUCGAUUUGGAUUUCGAUUUGGAUUUCGAUUUGGAUUUCGAUUUGGAUUUCGAUUUGGAUUUCGAUUUGGAUUUCGAUUUGGAUUUCGAUUUGGAUUUCGAUUUGGAUUUCGAUUUGGAUUUCGAUUUGGAUUUCGAUUUGGAUUUCGAUUUGGAUUUCGAUUUGGAUUUCGAUUUGGAUUUCGAUUUGGAUUUCGAUUUGGAUUUCGAUUUGGAUUUCGAUUUGGAUUUCGAUUUGGAUUACGAUUUGGAUUUCGAUUUGGAUUUCGAUUUGGAUUUCGAUUUGGAUUUCGAUUUGGAUUUCGAUUUGGAUUUCGAUUUGGAUUUCGAUUUGGAUUUCGAUUUGGAUUUCGAUUUGGAUUUCGAUUUGGAUUUCGAUUUGGAUUUCGAUUUGGAUUUCGAUUUGGAUUUCGAUUUGGACUUCGAUUUGGAUUUCGAUUUGGAUUUCGAUUUGGAUUUCGAUUUGGAUUUCGAUUUGGAUUUGGAUUUGUAUUUGAUCACAUCGGUUGGCAAACUGCGCGGCUUCGUUGAAUUUCAUUAA